CAAUUUGCAUCAAUUUGUACAAGUAUCUCACAGUGUGCAAUACACAAUAAUUUUCACUAUGAAAUUGUACAUCGCACUAUCAGCGCUCGUGGCAGUCGCUCUUUGCGCGCCAUUCGACUCCGAAAACGUAAAAGUGAUCGCUCGAAGACGCCUUCCAGCCCUGGAGCACGAGGAGGUGCAUGACGAGUACGGUCAGUUCGCGCUGCGCUACGUGACAGCUGAGGGAACCGUGGUCUCCGAGCGAGGCCGCCUCGUGCCCACAGCGAGGGGAGGAUACGUGCUCGUCACUGAGGGCGAGGUCUCAUAUAUCGGUGAUGACGGUGAACUGUACAUCACCAAAUGGAGCGCGGGUAUCGACGGCUACCACUCUGAGACCAACCACCCCCUGGUAGCACCUGAACCCGUCCAGGGUUAA